UCACUGUAGUUAAAACUUAAAAUCGUUAUUAAAACAUUUUAACUGUUCUCUCAUAGUCUCAUCAGUCAUAACGUAACUAAACAUAUUAUGCCUAAAUUUAAAAACUAUAUUAAGAUUACUUAAUUUUGUAUUUACUUACCUGGAACAGUUAAAACUCCUAAAAAGUCGAAACCUGAUCUAUCUCCGAACACUCUUGGUUCGUCAGUCAUCAGAAUUGCAAUUAAGUAAUUAUAAAAAAUGUCAGAAUUUGAGUAUUCCAGUUCAAGUAAUGAAGAUGAGAGUGAUGGAGAAGAAUUCGUUUUCCCAAUUUCAUCCAAUACACAGAAGAAAACUACCUUAAACAAUAUCAAAGUUACAAAAGAAUUGCGUUCCCACUAUUCAAAUUUAUUCAUUGAUUCUUUUAGCUUAAUUGAUUUAUUCAUCAAAAGUAAAACAUUAACGUACAGCUCGUUUUUAGAAAGUUUUAGUUCUACAAAAUUUCAUGAAGUCUAUGCUAAGCCAAAUAGAGAAGGGAAGCACACAUAUGUAUCCCCGCAUCAUUACAUUACAACUUCACAGGAUUGUCUUGCAGUGGCCAGCAAGUUUUUGAGAUCUAAAUCAAAAGAAGCACGAAUAGGUGCCGUUUAUUUGUUGUACACCAUCCAUAGAACUCAACCAUUUAAACAGUAUCUUAUCAAUAUAAAAAUGACACCCAAAGAUUAUUUUAAUACCAAAGAGUUGGUCAACAGUUAUCUUAAUGAAGGUCUACCAGACCCAUCCUACUGUUUUUACCAACUGGAUAUUAAAAGAAAAAUAACAAUUACAGCUACUGCUAUCAACCCUUGCUUAGAAGCCAACUAUCCAAGAGUUGAAGUCCGCAAAUUUAUGGGUCGUGUUGCUGACAAGUGUUUUAAAACUCAAUACGAGGAGCGUAAAAAUUUAGAUAUAUUCAAUAAACUAGAACUGAUGGAGUAUCAGAUGCGUCAAGAAUUAGCAUAUAUAAACAAAUUGAGUAAUUUGUCUUUGGGCCGUGAUGCUGUUCCAGAUUAUAAGCCAGAACUUUCUAGAGUGAUAGUAGAAAUAAACAGUGCUAGAACUGUUACUACGGUCAAACAACAAAUUGAUGACAUUGAUUGUCCGAAAAAACCCCGUUAUAAGAAUACUAAUAUCAGAGCAUUCCCAGGUAGAAAUGAAGAGAUUUUAAAAGAUAUGGUAGAACUUUCAGAACCGCCAAUCAUUGACAAAAAUGUCAAUAACUGUCAUCCAAAAAAGAAAUUAAAGUUGUCUAGAAGGAAAAUAAAAAAUCAUCAUACUAUAAAAAAAGAAGAACCACAGGAUACUCCAUCGCCAUUGCCGAAAUUAAGCACUAUGCUAGAUUCAGAUUCGUCUUGCACCAGUAUGAAUAGUGACGAAGAUGAUUAUUAUGGAAACACGUAUGGUGAUAUGAUCUGGAGUAUUCUCGAAGGAAAAGAAGUUAAUGAAAUUGUUGAUCAUCCAACUACCAACCAAGGAGAAGACAUGUUAUUGUAAAUUCGUUAUUUAUUUCAAAUGAUGAUUUAAUUCUAUAUUCAAACUAUUUGUUAAUUAUGUAUUAUUUUUAAACAUGUAAAGAUGGUUGUUAGUGGAUUAAAAUAACACCGUGAUAUUGUAUUAAGCAUUAUAAUACAAUGUAUAAUAAUAUAUUGGCUAUUAUUUGUCAGUUCCAUUUAAAGUUAUGUCACUAUAUAGUGACAUAUAAGUUAUGUCAACCCAUUUAUUUAUACUUUUUGUGAAUGAAAGUAUUUUAUAAUAUACUAAAUAUUUAUUGUUUA